CCUACGGCGCACAGUGACGGCUCGUACUACACGAUUGCAACAAACUUUAUGCAGGCGCUGGACGUCCGCAAAGGGUUCGCCAAGUACGGCGCUGACGUCUUCUUUGACGACAAGUGCAAGGUCACCAAAAUCGUGCGCGGGAGCAUCACGUACCGACCGGACGACGCAGAGUGGGAGUAUGUGAAGAUGUGCUUCCGCGGCAGUCUCCAGACCAAGGUCACGGCCAUCGACCACUUGCUGCUCGUACACUCGACGAUCGCAAACCACGUCACUGUCGUCCACCUGGAGCAGUUGCCGCCAACACACCCGCUCCGACGUCUUCUCAAGCCGUUCACAUUCCGGUCGGCGGCCAUCAACUAUGGCGCUGGGCGAGCAUUCUUCUGGCCCCAAGGCAUGCUUCAGCGUGCAAUUGCGCUUACCACCAGAGGCAUGAAGCAAGCGUGGGACAUCGGGCUCGGUAGCUUUGCGUACGAGCCGUUUCCCGCGAUGGUGGCACGCCAGCAAAUUGACACGAUGACGCUGCCGCUGCAUGAAGACGGUAUCGACUACUGGUACAUUGUUUCUCGGUUCGUUUCGAGCUACCUCGCCCUCUACUACUCGGCAGAUGUCGAGGUGACUUCGGACGCCUCGGUGGUUGCCUUUUGGACGGUGCUGGACGCGGCGUUGCCAGUUUACAAGUAA